AUGUGCUCCAUGAAGUGGCUCCGACUGCUUGUGAUGCUGGCUGUCUGCUGUGCUCAGGAAGGAGAAUGGAACGAAGAUGCGGAGGACUUAGUGUCAACAGUGGAUGUAGAUGCCGUGCUGGGGCGGACAGCAUCGCUUCCCUGUGACGUUACUCCAGAUACAAAUGAGGAUAGAGUAUACAUGGUACUCUGGUUUCGAGCAGGGAAGAGUACCGGCGGAAAACCUAUUUAUAGCUUUGACGUUCGUGGAAGAUCAUUUAACAAAGCUUUGCAAUGGUCAGAUCCUAAUGUUUUUGGUCCACGGGCUUAUUUCGCCACCGUUGCCAGACCGGCCUCUCUGACGCUUGACACGGUCCAAUUGGAUGAUGAAGGAGUAUACCGCUGUCGAGUCGACUUUAAGAAUUCUCCUACACGCAAUUUCCAAAUCAGAUUGUCUGUUAUUGUUCCACCACAUCAACUGAUACUAUACGACAAGUCUGGGCGAGAUGUUUCGGGCGUGGUGGGUCCGCUCGAAGAGGGCAACGAGCUUGUCCUCGUUUGCGAGGUCAGAGGAGGUCGCCCAGCGCCAACGGUUAUCUGGUUAAUCGAUAACAUACCAGCUCCACAAUACAUAGGAGAGAAGACUGACACACACGUUGUUGUUAACAAGCUAGAAUUACCUCAUGUAAAGCGAAUCCAUCUAAACACUACGUUCAAGUGCAGAGCCUCUAAUACCAACCUUGUUAGUCCACAAGAAAAAACAGUACGAUUAGAGAUGAACCUGAAACCAACGCUGGUACAGAUACAGAACAAGCCAGUGACGUUAUCUUCGGAACGCUACGUCAGCUUAUCGUGUGUGUCAGAGGGAAGCCGCCCGCCCGCGCAGUUGACCUGGUUCAAGGACAAUAGAAAAUUUAAAAGAGGAAAAAUAACAGAUGCAUCUAAUGACACUUGGGUGAGCAGCACGCUGCAAUUUAUGCCACUUCCAGAAGACGAUGGCGUCCAAAUAAAAUGUCAAGCAGAUAACAACGCGCUUCCCGGACAAAGCAUAGAAGAUUCUUUCAAACUGGAUGUCGAAAAACCAGUACUUCAUAACGUGGUUUCUGGCAUCAUUGUCAGCACGAAGUCAUUAGUGCUACAAAAGGUUACAAGGGACUAUACCGGAGACUACUCUUGUCGUGCUACCAAUGCCCUCGGAGAAACAGCGAGCCAAGCUACUCAUCUUAGUAUACAAUAUACACCAGUUUGCACGCACACUUCACCUCAAGUGUUAGGUGCACAGAUAGACGAAGCUCUACUUAUACGCUGUUCUGUUACCGCCAAUCCCCCAGAUGUCACCUUCUUUUGGCAGUUUAAUAAUAGUGGGGAGAGCCUUGAUGUAUCUCCAACAAAGUUUGGGACAGCCAACGGCAGUACAAGCGAGUUAAGCUACAAGCCUCAAAGCGAACGCGACUAUGGUGCUCUAAGUUGCCGCGGUACAAAUUCAGUCGGUAGACAAGUCGAACCAUGUGUAUUUCAAAUAGUACCUGCAUCUCGCCCAGCUCCGCCUAAAAACUGUUCUCUUCACACCGGAUCCAAUAGUUCUGAAGGGAUGAACUGGUUGGUAAUACGAUGUGUUGCUGGAUAUGAUGGUGGUCUACCUCAAACCUUUAUGCUUGAAACACUAGAUCCCAUCACGAGCAAGACUAAAUUCAAUAGCAGCUCUAACGAUACAGAUGGUUUAGCUACUUUCAAGUUAGAUCUCUCGCAAAUAUCGGCUGGCGAGACCGAGACCACAUUUAAUCUACUCAUCUAUGCAAGGAACCUCAAGGGAGAUUCGGAGAAAACUCUGCUGGAAAAUAUUGCUUUCAAUGACGCCGCCAGGAGAACGGAUGGCAAAAAUGUAUUGGGAGGAAUAACGUUUGGAAUGGUAAUUGCUGCGUCACUUGGAGCCGUGUUUGCCGUUGGGGGAAUAAUAUUCGCCGCGCUCUGUGCCCGUCGAAAGAGAUCUCAUCCAACUCAUAAACAUCCUCCAGGUGAUAUGCUGGAGUUAAGUGAUGGAUGCAGAAGAUAUGUUGUAGCAUAUACUAUCAAACCAUCGCCAGAACUUAAAACGCCUGAUCCACAGCCAGAUAUUUUAAAUCCACCAGAUGGUGAAAGUCAAAAAGCGCCAGCUUCGACGGUUGAAGCCGACGAGUGGCCAAGUGUAAAAGAAGUUAGAGGGGACUGGAAUAAAACAGGAGCUGUGUUUUCAGCAGAGGAUCUUGCACUUUUAGAUUCAACUGGACAUCCUCAAGAGAUAACAGGAAGAAAUGACUUGGUUCAUAACAGUCGGCAGGAAGACGCACUUAAUCAGAAUUUAUCUCAACCUAUUUUAGCAAGUAAUUUUAGGCCCAACUUUUUAGUAACAAAUAGUCCAACAUUAGGAAGUCCAAACUUUGUGUGUCCUAAUGGUAAUAUUGGAUCACCUUUUGAAAGUCAAACGCUCACACUAAGCGGACCAACUUUAAGUUCUAGUAGUUUGUCUAAUUCUACGUUGCAUAGAAAAAGCAAGGGUAAUACACGCAGAAGAGAACAUGUUCUCGCAGAUAACUUGCCAGGUCCUGAGAGCUGUGUUUAA